AUGGAAAGAACGUCGUCUGUGAAAGGAGCCAUCACAAUCUUCAUCUGUUUCACUGUGACAGUGGUCAAUGCACUGGUGGAUUCGGAUGAUGUCAUCACCAGGGACGAGCAGAUCUACCUCCUAAUUGGAGCCAGGGUCAGGUGUGAGAGGAACAUUCGCGCCCAGCUGGAGACAGUCAGAGACACAGACUGUGUGCCAGAGUGGGACGGCAUAAUCUGCUGGCCCAAGGGGAAACCCAACCAGCUGGUGUCUGCCCUCUGCCCUGAUUAUAUCUACGACUUCAACCACAGAGGUCAGGCCUACCGACAGUGUGAUGCCUCGGGGAACUGGGAGCAGGUGUCCAGCAUCAACCGCACCUGGGCCAACUACACCGAAUGUACCACCUACCUGUUGUCCGACCGCAGGAACCAAGAGGAGGAGGUGUUUGAGCGCCUGCAUCUGAUGUACACCAUUGGGUACUCUAUCUCCCUGGUCUCCCUGUUAGUGGCUGUCUCCAUCCUCUGCUACUUCAAGCGGCUCCACUGCACCCGGAACUACAUCCACAUCCAUCUUUUUGCCUCCUUUGUGUGUCGCGCCGUCAGUAUCUUUGUGAAGGACGCCGUGCUGUACACUGUUACUGACGAGGGCCGGCCUGAAGGCGACAGCGUGGGACAGAAACCCCAGAUGGUGGGCUGUAAGGUGGCAGUGACUCUCUUCCUCUACUUCUUGGCCACCAACCACUACUGGAUCCUGGUGGAGGGGCUCUACCUGCAUAGCCUCAUAUUUAUGGCCUUUCUGUCAGACAAGAACUACCUGUGGGCCCUGACCAUCAUUGGCUGGGGCGUUCCGGCCGUGUUUGUUUCCAUUUGGGUUAGUGCCCGUGCGUCACUUGCUGACACUCAAUGCUGGGACAUCAGCGCAGGAAAUCUAAAGUGGAUCUAUCAAGUUCCUAUCCUGGCAGCCAUUGUUGUGAACUUCUUCCUGUUUCUCAACAUUGUCAGGGUGCUGGCCUCCAAACUGUGGGAGACCAACACUGGCAAACUGGACCCCCGCCAGCAGUACAGGAAGCUGUUGAAGUCCACCCUGGUGCUGAUGCCGCUGUUCGGGGUGCACUACAUGGUGUUCAUGGCCAUGCCAUACACGGAGGUGACUGGACUGCUAUGGCAGGUGCAGAUGCACUACGAGAUGUUCUUCAACUCCUCGCAGGGAUUCUUUGUGGCAUUCAUCUACUGCUUCUGCAAUGGGGAGGUGCAAGCGGAGGUGAAAAAGGCGUGGCUGCGGCGGAGCCUAGUGCUGGACCUGAAGCAGAAGGCGCGGGUGACAAGCAGCGGUGGGAGCUGUUAUUAUGGCGGCAUGGCCUCGCAGGCCACCACCAGCAUCAGCCUCAGCGUGUCCGCCACCAAGGGCCUGUCCCUGGCAGGGGGGCGGCAGCGGCUGCCUGUGGCGCUGCUCCCCCUGUCCAACCUGCCCGGCUGCGUGCCCGGCAGCUCCGAGGCCUCGCUGCCCUCGCCCACCCAGCAGGAGCUGGUGCUGCGGAGGCCAGAGCGGCUGCCGCACGGCCCCGGGGACGCCCCGCUCCCUCUCUCCUCCGACGAGGAGCCCUGUCGUCCCCUCUCUGUUAAGGAGUUUGAGACCAUCCUGUGA